AUGAAUGAAUUAACGAAGACAAAAACUAAUAAGAUGAAAUUCGAAUGUUGCAACCGUCAACAGAACUCAAACGAAUUUAUAAUAUGCUCGCAAUGUUUGAAGAAAUAUCACUAUGCAUGUAUAGCAACGACUACUACUUUACAAUACAAAGAAGUUACUAAUGACUUUAAAGCGAACUGGCUGUGUCCUGAAUGCAAUCGUCCCAGAGCCGGCUUAGAUAACUCAAACACACCUGUUCGAGCAGCAUCCACUCUUUCCAACGAUAAACAUGACUCCUCCUUGAAUGUGACAGUUAGAAAUAAACAGAAACUUACUAAGGCAUCCGACACCGACUCCUCGUUAACAUCCGCCGAUGUUCGACAAAUCAUUAGGGAAGAGUUAAACACAAUUUUCGGUGCAUUUCAAUCAAAAAUAGAAACUCAACUUAGUAAUAAAAUAUCCGAAAUAUUGAGCCAGAUUACCCAAGUCACAGAAUCUAUAUCAUUUAUGGAAAAAGAAUAUGAGGAAGUGAGACGGGAGAUGCAACAAAAAAUAGAAAUAAUCAAUCAGUUGGAAUCGGAAAACAAGAAUUUACGCAGCUACAUCCAAGAAGUUGAUUCGAGGAUGUCUCAAAUAGAAAGGCACUCCCGGGCGAGCAAU